AUGGCCAGCGAAUACAAGCUCAAGGGCAUCUCGUCCCUGUCUGGCUUCGGCCCGGGCGAGAAGCGCGAGGUCGAGGUCGAGGGCAUCGAGGACGCCAAGGUCCUCCUUGCCAACACUGGCGGCAAGGUCACCGCCCUCGGGCCCAAGUGCACGCACUACGGUGCCCCCUUGGUCAAUGGUGUGCUCACAAAGUCGGGACGCCUGACGUGCCCGUGGCAUGGAGCAUGCUUCAACGGCAAGACGGGCGACAUUGAGAACGCCCCAGGUCUCGACUCCCUCGCCACUUUCAAGCUGGUCGAGAAAGACGGCGGCGUCUACGUCGAGGGCGAGGAGGCGACCAUCAAGGCCGGCAGGCGCAAGCCCAAGUUCAAGUGCGCCGCCAGCACGACUGCCAGCUCGGACAAGAUCAUCAUUGUGGGCGGCGGCAGCGGCGCCAUUGGCACCGUCGAGGCCCUCCGCGAGCAGGGCUUCACGGGGCCCAUCACCGUCAUCACCAACGAGGGAUACCUGCCCAUCGACAGGACCAAACUCUCCAAGGCGCUGGUGGACGAUGCGUCCAAGGUGCAGCUCCGUGACGACGACUGGUUCAAGCUCGGCUCCGUCUCGAUUGUGCAGGACGAGGUGACUGACGUCGACCUCAACGCCAAGACGGUCACGACCAAGUCGCACAACGGCAAGUACGAGUACUCCAAGCUCGUCCUGGCUACUGGUGGGACACCUCGCAACCUGCCCGUCCAGGGCUUCAAAGUCCUCGACAACAUCUUCCUCCUGCGCAACAUUCACCACGUCAAGAAGAUCACCAGCGCCAUCGGCGAGAAGGGCAAGAAGAUUGUCAUUGUCGGCAGCAGCUUCAUCGGCAUGGAGGUUGCCGGUGCCACGGCCGCCGACAACGAUGUCCACAUCAUCGGCAUGGAGAAGGUGCCUCUCGAGAGAGUGCUCGGCGAGCAGGUCGGCGCCGGGGUGCAGAAGCUGUUCGAGGCCAAGGGCGUCAAGUUCCACAUGUCCGCCGGCGUCGAGAAGGCGGAGCCGUCAGGAUCCGACCCGUCCAAGGUUGGCGUGAUUGUGCUCAAGGACGGCACCAAGCUCGAGGCCGACCUGGUCAUCCUCGGCGUCGGCGUGUCCCCGGCCACCGAGUACCUCCAGAACAACAAGGUGAUCCGGCUCGAGCAGGACGGCUCGCUCAAGGUGGACGACACUUUCCUCGUGCACGGCGUCAAGGACGUCUACGCCAUCGGAGACAUUGCCAGCUUCCCCUACCACGGCCCCGGUGGUAACGGCAACUACACGCGGAUCGAGCACUGGAACGUGGCGCAGAACCAGGGCCGGAUCGUGGCGCGGCACAUUGUGAACCCGUCGCUCAAGCCGACCUUCUUCACGCCCAUCUUCUGGUCCGCGCUGACGGCGCAGCUGCGGUACUGCGGCAACACGGUCAACGGCUGGGACGACCUCGUGCUCCAGGGCAACCCGGAGGAGGGCAAGUUUGUGGCGUACUACUGCAAGGGCGACACGGUCGUGGCCAUGGCCAGCAUGGGCAAGGACCCGGCCAUGGUCAAGUCGGCCGAGCUCAUGGCCGAGGGCAACAUGCCGUCCAAGAAGGAGCUCCAGGGCGGGCUCGACAUCCUGGACGUCCCGAUUGCCGAGUGA